GUAAGUAUUUGUGUAUAUAAUAAACCAACUCAACUUUAACAAAUCAGUUCACAACGAAUCGUUAAACAAAACAUAACCUAAUACCAACGAAAAUAACUGAAAAGUUUUCUAUACAGAUUUAAAACUGUUCCAAUUCGACAAUCAAUAAUUAUGCCUAAACUACGUAAACAAUCGGCACUACAACGUCAACGAAUUAUGAGGCAACAUCUUCACAGUUACCGUGAACGGAAUUUAAAUGACGAUCGGCUCAGAAACUCUCAACAGUUAGCAACAAGGAGACAGGAUCCUGAAUAUAGAGAAAAUGAGCGAGAAAGGGAUAGAGCAGCACAUUCAACUCGGCGCCAAGCAGUAAACUAUAGAUCUGCGGAACAAGAACGGGAUAUUUUGGCACACUCUAUUCUCCGAAUGAAUUCCAGUUAUCGAGCAACUGAACAGGCGCGCGAUGCUUUGGCUCACGCUAAUCGAAGAAUGGAUCCAACGUAUAGGGAAGAAGAACAACAGAGGGACACAUUGGCCCAUUCGGUUCGAAGGAUGGAUCCGACGUACAGGGAGGAGGAACAACAAAGGGACACGGUAGCCCACUCAAUGCGAAGAAGGGAUCCGACGUAUCGCGAAGAAGAGCAAGAGAGGAAUACACUUGCACACUCUAUCCAUCGGAUGAAUGCGACAUUUCGGGAAGGAGAACAAGAGAGGGAUACUGUGGCUCGAUCUGUUCGGAGAAUGGAUCCAACAUACCGGGAGGAGGAACAACAGAGGGACACUUUGGCCCACUCUAUUAGGAGAAUGGAUCCAACUUACCGGGAGGAGGAACAACAGAGGGACACUUUGGCCCACUCUAUUCGGAGAAUGGAUCCAAGAUACCGGGAGGAGGAACAGCAGAGGGACACUUUGGCCCACUCUAUUCGGAGAAUGGACCCAAGUUACCGGGAGGAGGAACAACAGAGGGACACUUUGGCCCACUCUAUUAGGAGAAUGGAUCCAACUUACCGGGAGGAGGAACAACAGAGGGACACUUUGGCCCACUCUAUUCGGAGAAUGGAUCCAACAUACCGCGAGGAGGAACAACAGAUGAACACUUUGGCCCAUUCUAUUCGGAGAAUGGAUCCAACAUACCGGGACGAGGAACAACAGAGGGACACUUUGGUCCAUUCUAUUCGAAGAAUGGAUCCGGCGUAUCGUGGAGAGGAACGAGAAAGGGACUCUUUGGCAAGAUCUAUUCUGCGACAAAAUGAAGAAUACCGCCAAGUCGAAAGAGAGAGAGACACAGCAAUGCACCGAGUACGUCGAAGAAAUCCAGUUUUCCGUAUUAUGGAACAAGAGCGGAACACUUCAGCUCGUCGUGUCACCAGACAAGUUGCUAUGCAAAUGCAAGAAGCAGAAAACAGGAUGAGAAGUUGCCGCGUCCUUAUUCAUCGUAUGAAUCCUACAAACAGAGAAAAUAUAAACAUGAGACAAGCUCUGAGAAGUUCAGCAAGGAGAAGAAAUUUGUCGCCGGAAUCGAGGUCACAACAACAAAUUCAAGAUACUUUGAGGUGCAGAGCUAGGAUAAUUUCCAAUUUUUGCAAUAUUAUCAAGAGCGGACCCACAGAAGUUUGUAUUUGUUGUGGAGGUCUUUGGUUUGUUACUCAAAUUAAGACUCUCCGCAAAACAUUUGUUCUACAAAAAUACCCAAAUUUAAGUGCAGUUUUUUUCCUUUCAGACCAGUUUCCAUCUGAUAACGAUAUAUAUAAAUUCUGCAACACAUGCCACAAAAUAAUCAAUGCGGGGAAGGUUCCUUCUAUGUGUCUCUCAGAAGGUCUACAUUUUCCAGCUAUUCCGAGUGAACUUCAGGGCUUGACGUCGCUGGAAGAAAGUGUGCUGUAAGGGGUGCAGUAGUAAAUGUCCCCAUUUCACUCGAUUCCACCGUCAACGUCCUUCCAAGAACGGCCGAUCAAAC